AUGGUUAAGCUUAAUCCGAAGGAACUCGAACAACAAUGCCAAAAAUGGAACACAUCGCUGAUUGGAUAUGUGAUUGGAGGCAACCCAACAUUCAAAGAGGUACUGAAAUUUGUCUAUGGGGUCUGGACAUUCGUCGAUACACCUAAGGUACUUCUUCACGAUGACGGGUAUUUCAUCUUCCGAUUCUCAUGUGAAGAAGAUAAGAAUGCAGUACUGCAAAGUGGCCCAUACACAUUUUAUAAUCGUCCUAUGAUUUUGAAGGAGUGGAGUCCUACAUUUCAUAUUGAUAAGGAACCUAUGCGAGUGAUACCACUAUGGGUUAUGUUCCCAGGGCUGCCAGUUCAUUGUUGGGCGAAGGAGAACUUAGGUCGCAUUGCUAGUUACCUAGGCAAACCUCUGUGCACUGAUAGAUUAACGGCACAAUAUGAAUGUAUCUCAUAUGCUCGUAUGCUGAUUGAAAUGGACAUUACUCGGGAAAUUCCCGAUGAAAUGCCUAUUGAGAUGCCAGAUGGGAGCAUUCGGUAUCAAGUUAUCGAUUACGAUUGGAAACCAAAGUUUUGCCAAGAUUGUAAUCACUUUGGGCACAUUAUUGGAGCAUGUAGAGAACCUGUUAAAUCUCCUGAGAAACCAACAACUCGCAAGAAACGUAAUAGAACAAAGAAGAGGAAUGAGAAGAAAGAAUGGCAAUCAAAGCUGGUGCAGGCUACUGUCUUGAAUAAUGCUGAAACUGUCCCUGUAGCAGGUCCUGGAAAACCUACAGAGGACUAUGGCAAACCUGUGGAGGCCAAAAAUGGGAAAAAACCUGCUGUGCACCACGAAGAUAAAGGCCAAAACAGAGUCGAUGUUGAGGAAUUGGAAAACAGACUUCAACAGGGAGGAAAGCUUCAGAUACGGGAACCUAGCCAAAGUUCCCAAACUGGUAUAACGAAUGUUGAUCCUCCAAUACAAAGGGAUAAGAGAAAUGAUCCCAAAACCCAUCCUCCUACAUGCUAA